CUCUCAACUUCUUAAUUCAACUAAUAUACCACACCCCAUCUCUUUCUCUCUCUAAAAACACAUUUUUCCUUCUUCUAAAUUACCCUCCUUCUUCUUUCCCCUCCCUCUAUGGCUGUUGAUAAUGCUCUUUCAUCACCUCUUGGUCCUCCAGCGUGUGAGAAAGAUGCUAAAGCUCUUCAAUUCCUUGAGGAAAUGACUAGAAAUGCUGACUCCGUUCAAGAGGAUGUUUUGGCUAAAAUCUUGACCCAAAACUCCGAGGUUGAGUACUUAAAACGGUUCAAUCUUGAUGGUGCAAUUGACCGUGAGACUUUUAAGUCUAAAAUCCCCAUGAUUAGAUACGAGGAUCUUCAGCCUGAAAUUCAACGAAUUGCUAAUGGAGAUCGCUCUUCCAUCUUAUCAGCUCACCCCAUCUCAGAAUUCCUCACUAGUUCCGGGACAUCUGCUGGUGAAAGAAAGCUCAUGCCAACAAUUAAACAAGAGCUGGAUCGUCGCCAAUUAUUGUAUAGUUUACUCAUGCCAGUAAUGAACCUUUACGUGCCUGGGUUAGACAAAGGCAAAGGCUUAUACUUCUUGUUUGUGAAAUCUGAAACAAGAACCCCAGGAGGUCUCUUGGCUCGUCCGGUGCUUACAAGCUAUUACAAGAGUGACCACUUCAAGACACGUCCAUAUGAUCCUUACAACGUGUACACAAGCCCGAAUGAGGCCAUUCUUUGUGCAGAUUCAUUCCAGAGCAUGUACACUCAGAUGCUCUGUGGCCUUCUAGAGCGCGAACAAGUGCUCAGGGUCGGUGCAGUCUUUGCCUCCGGCCUCCUCCGUGCUAUAAGGUUUCUCCAGCUUCACUGGCUUGAACUUUCUGAUGAUAUCGAGUCAGGAAUGCUAAACAAGAAAAUCACUGACCCGACGGUCAAAGAUUGCAUGGUGAAUAUUCUGAAACCGAACCCAAAGCUCGCAGAGUUUGUCAGGAUGGAGUGUGGUAAGGAAAAUUGGGAAGGGAUCAUUACAAGAAUUUGGCCUAAUACCAAAUAUCUUGACGUAAUCGUCACUGGAGCCAUGGCCCAAUAUAUCCCUACCCUUGACUACUACAGUGGUGGCUUACCUAAAGCAUGCACCAUGUAUGCCUCUUCAGAAUGUUACUUUGGGUUGAACCUCAACCCAAUGUGCAAGCCAUCAGAAGUUUGCUACACAAUCAUGCCGAAUAUGGCCUACUUUGAGUUUUUACCCCAUGAGCCUGCUGAGAUCAGCCAGGAUUCAACUCCAAAACUUGUUGAUCUUGCUGAUGUUGAAUUGGGUAAAGAAUACGAGCUUGUUAUCACAACCUACGCCGGUUUAUACAGGUAUCGAGUUGGUGACAUCCUUCGAGUUACUGGGUUCCACAACUCAGCUCCUCAAUUCCAUUUCGUACGAAGAAAGAAUGUAUUGCUCAGUAUUGACUCAGACAAAACAGAUGAGGCCGAGUUACAAAAGGCCGUCGAGAAUGCAUCGCAACUUCUACGUGAAUUCAACACAAGUGUAGUUGAAUACACAAGCCAUGCCGAUACAAAGACGAUUCCAGGGCACUAUGUGAUUUACUGGGAAUUAUUGGUCAAAGACUCAGCAAACUCUCCUGGUGACGAGGUACUGAACCAAUGUUGCCUUGCCAUGGAAGAAUCUUUGAACUCGGUGUAUCGACAAGGUCGAGUCGCAGAUAAUUCAAUUGGACCACUAGAGAUACGUGUGGUUAAAAAUGGUACAUUUGAGGAGCUGAUGGAUUAUGCGAUUUCAAGGGGGGCAUCCAUUAAUCAGUAUAAGGUACCAAGGUGCGUCAAUUUUACUCCGAUCAUGGAGUUGCUUGAUUCUAGGGUGGUAUCCAAGCAUUUUAGCCCAGCUUUGCCACGUUGGGCCCCGGAAAGAAGAAGGUGAUUUCUUUGGGAGCGUCCAACCACAUUAAUUAAGUCAAAUGGAUUCGAAUGUAGAAUAAUAAUAGAUUACUUAUUAAUUUUAGAUUUCUUCUUUUUCUUGGUCUUUCAUUCGAGCGAGGAAUACAUCUGAGAAAAGCUAGCUAGGUAGCUUUUGGGACCAACUGUUAAAGGUUAUUUACUGAUAAGGAUGUUUCAGAGUCAGGUAUUGUAUUGUGGUUCACUUAACCUGUGGAAAGGGUGUGACCUUGACCACUCUGUUUGUCUAGUACAUGAAAUGUUUCUUUCAGAUGUAAUGGACCUUGCUUGUAGUUCACUUUUUUUCUUUCUGACA